AUGACUAUCGAGCUUGAAACAGAUCAAGAGAAAUCUGUAUUCACGAAGGUCUUGAAUUGUAUAAGGAUACGGAAUAUCCCCCUUAUCAAUUUCUGCAUUAUCUGGAUUCUUGGGUCGUUUCUUCUAAAACUUACGACAAAGUAUACCGAGCUUUAUAUCAAGAAUUCCCUAAUCACUAUCAUAGUAACCAAUUUAGUACUUUUUGGUAUUAGUGAGACAUUGGCCCAGACAUUGAUCUGUUAUAAGCCCAAUGAACCCUUUGUGACACUAAGGGUAAAUGUUAGAUCACCGGAAUUAUCAUUGACAGCGGAUGAGGAACCUGAUUUAAGAAAUGAACAGGAUAUCAAUGAAUUUAUAGACUAUAUUGAGAGAGAAGAGAAUGACAUGGGUAUAAGACCAUUUGUAGUUGAUGACGAUGUGCCUAUGGCGGAAUUGACGUUUUUCCAAUUUGAUAGAUUAGCAGGAUUCAUGAUCUGGGGGUUCGUUAUGGCCUUCUGUCAAUGCUUAUGGUAUAAAUUCUUACAAAUAUAUUCCACUGAUCCCAAAUUCAUUGAAGUGUUAAGGAAAGUCUUGACAGAUCAAUUGUGUUAUUCACCUUUAUCACUUCUUGCAUUCUUCACUUAUGGGACAAUGGUACUCGAAAAAGGUAGUUGGGAAGACACUAAAGAUAAGUUGAGUAGAAUUUACUUAAAGACACUUUUGAUCAAUUAUUCUGUGUGGUUUCCUGUUCAAUUCAUUAAUUUCCUUCUUGUACCGAGAGAUUUCCAAGUUCCAUUCAGUUCGUCCAUUUCAGUUCUUUGGAACUGUUUCUUAUCAAUGAGAAAUUCAUCAUCGUAA